CAACAAUGCACCUGAUAGUGCCCCCAAUUUCUAACGUGACCCUCCUCGUGAUUAACAAAUCUCGAGUCAAAAUUCAACACGCCACUUUAAGCUCCAUUUAUAACCGCCAGAAUCCUCCUUAUAUAUGCUCCAAUCUCACAGGAACCAUUCACAACCUCAGAAGCAAUCGAGCUGUGCUCGAGAAAACCAUGGGAAGUGAAGGUUCUGAUCUGUUUGUGAAGCGAAAACCAAGGAUCCUUUGCCUCCAUGGAUUCCGAACAAGCGGAGAAAUCUUCAAAACACAGCUGAAGAAAUGGCCGGAAUCGGUUCAUGAGAAGGUCCAGUUCUUCUUCCCUGAUGCGCCGUUUCCAUGUAAUGGUAAAUCUGAGGUCGAAGGGAUUUUUGACCCGCCUUAUUACGAAUGGUUCCAAUUCAAUAAGGAUUUUACCGAGUAUGAGAAUUUCGAUAAGUGUCUUGAACAUAUCGAAGAUUUAAUGAUUAAGCAUGAGAUCGAUGGUUUGAUGGGAUUCUCGCAGGGUGCAAUUUUGUCAGCUGCCUUGCCAGGACUGCAAGCUAAGGGAUUGGCAUUGACGAGGGUACCAAAGAUUAGAUUUGUGAUAAUAGUCUCAGGGGCAAAAUUGAAAAAUCAAACAUGGGCUGACAAGGCAUAUUCGCUCCCCAUACAAUGUCCUUCUCUCCAUUUUUUAGGGGAAGCGGAUUUUUUAAAACCAUAUGGACUUGAACUUUUAAAAUCAGUUGAAGAUCCCAUCGUCAUUCAUCAUCCUAAAGGCCAUACCAUUCCAAGAUUCGAUGAAGAAGGGUUGGAGAAAAUGUUGAAAUUUAUUGAUAGAGUUGAAAAGAUUGUUUCUAACAAGGAAGAUGAUGUAGUCACAGUUUCGCAUGAAGAAUCAACAAUUGCUGCAUAAAUUUGUGAUGUUAAUGGUAUGGUUGUCACUAAUGUAUGACUUGUGAAACCAUAUGAUAUGAUAUGAUGCUUAUUUAUUAUAUAAUGAUAGAUUUGAAUAAUUAUUUGUUGAAAAUUCUAUAGCAAACAUCAGCAUACGAGUUGUAAAAAUGUUGGAUGUUAUUCUAUAUAUGUAACCGAGUAUUGUUGUCCCCCUAGAAUAUGACAUAAUAUAUUAACAAUAAUGACAUUUUACCUAA